CCGACCGGUUGCACGAAACAGACCUUCUCUGAGCGGACAGAAAUCCUUUUUUAUUAUGAGUUUUGCUGUUAGCAGGAAUUACAAUUACUGCUACACUUCAAAAGCUUUUAGACUGCGCCGCGCAUCAGGUGGUCUACUUCAAGCGGAGCGUCUACCAAUCUUUCGCUAUUCCUACUCCAAGCCGAAAAAUCUAAAGAUGAGUUACACCGGGCGGAAACCCCCUUCCCUCGCGACCUUCGGCGAGGUCUUCGCUACGUACGGGCAGGGUAGUUGCCGCUACAACUACAUGACCUUUGCGCCGGAAUCGCGAACCGGCGACAGAACCAUUUCGGGGACCACCAGAAGCAGUAGCAACACGAGGAGGCGCGACGCGAGUCUGCAGCGCGGUAAUAAAGGUGGGAAUAACAACAAUUACGUACAGAGUAACCUCGACUCCGCGCGGGGGAGCGCGGCUGGGACAACCUCUUCGGCGACGCGGGGGAGUAGCAGAAGCAGACAAACCGCCGGGCAGUAUGGAGGGUAAUGUCAGUGUAUGCACUUGUUACUAGAAACUAAAGUUGUAAAUAACAAGGCCGCUCUUUUGGUUGUUCGUUUACCUGACAUGUCACGGCAACUUACAGGUCCUCUUCCUCCACUGGGCGUGUCCGGGCGAAAACCAUGGAACUACAGCAGCAGUUCGCGUACAAUCAGCAGCAGCAAAUAACCUCCACGCCAGACACCGCACGAAGAGGGCAAAACCUAUCCACCCGAAAGCAAUCGAGCGGGAAUGCGAAUGCUUAUCUCGAAAUAGCGAUGAAGCCCUCGCCGCAGCUGAGCCCCUCGACAAUCGGCAACAACAGUCCGCCGAUUGGUGGUGUGGGGAGCUUGUACAACACGACUGAAGGUGGAGAUGACCCUAUGGCACGGCAAGGUGAUGCUAGUGGUUCUGUGAAUAUGACUGAUUUUUAAACAUCCAUGUUGAUCACUGAAACGAAUGAAGUCUCGGCGUUCUCACCAUAAUUCAACCGUUGAAGAACAAAUUUUACAUACUCAUCUUCUCAGGCGUGUUUCACCGGCACGGCGGUAAGUAUGCCGACGAAGCAGGAGCACACUCUGGUUUCCAUCCGCCCGGACCACCGACCAAUCGCUUCACGCAGCAGCACAUUAGCCCGACCACAGCCUCAACCCCGCCCGCAACCAGUCGGCAGUACGGAAAUGGGGGCUACGGUUAUCAGCAGCAAAUAUCAACCGCUGAAAUGCGAGGCGGAGAAGCAGAUUUCUUAGACGCCGAGUGUGUAGAAAGGACACCAAACAGACUGCCACCAAACUCGAGUCCGCCGACGUCGAGUGGGUCCGGGUGCAGGGCGGUUGGGAGGCGAGAGUACAGUGAUAUUGUGUUGAGAAGUAGAACGGUGAAAAAUCUUUGCGUCCUGUUUGGAAAAUGUCCUUCGUACGUACCUGGCUUUAAUCACAGACAAGCAACCGGCAGUCGCAGAUGUAUUAAAAAACCGCAUUUUUCACAAGAACUUUGACUGUCACCAACCAUACUCUUUUUACAGCCUCCACCCUGCGGACUGCGGUAGCGGCUCCGGCAGAUAUGAACCUUGUUCCGCAAGAGGUGGACCAAAAAACAAGCCAAUCUACAGCGCGGCACCCAAGCCAAGCUACAGUGGCGGCAACAAUAAAUCGGCGCACGACGGUCACGGUGGAAAAAUGUUGUCAACAUCAGAAACGAGAACGAACUACGGUGCUGCCCCAAGAACACAACCUACGGCGCCGCCAACCCUCCUGACGGGCGGUGGCGGUUCGUUAAAACCGAAGAAGGCCGCCUUCCUUCGCUUGCACGAGUUUCUGCUGAAAACCCACCUCGCGUCCCUCUUCUCGGCCCUGAAAGCCGACUACUGCAGUGAAAAAUGCCCCCACCCCGGAAUUUGCAGAAGUUUGUCAUGCAAAGUUUCCAAAUGAAAGCUUUUUGUCUGGCAUAAAAGGAUUGCGAGCGUUUCUGAUGCAGAAUCUGGGUGCGCAAGGUGUCUUGUGCAUAAGAGAUCCGGCUGCUGUUGGGCUACUUUGCAAGACAAAUUUGACCUAUUCAGCAUGGAAAAUUUGUGAUGCUGAGAUAUACAAGACGGGGAAUGUUUCAGUUGGAAAGGUUUGCAAUACAAAUGCUGCCAAGCUGGGGGUGGGGGCAUUUUUCAUUUUAAUACCGACGGGUUUUUGUCCACUCUCGAGGCGGAAAAGUUGUCUGUCCUGGGCGCUCGAGAUGACUUGCUGGACUGCUACUUCGCGUUUCAGAAGAGUCUGAAUUUGGAAGCGUUUGUCGAAACCUGCAAGGCGAUCUGUCUGCGGCAGGCGACCGGGGCGGCGGGUGGGUCUUGUGCGGUAGUGCACGUGUGA